UUUUUUUUUUUUUUAAAAAAAAGACUAAUUAGAAUGGGUAGGUACUGGUGAGUGGGUUAAGUACUUGAAUGGUUAAUCAAUUGGGCCAAAGCUAAUUGAGCAGUGGAACUGUUGGAGUUCUGGUCAAUUCCAUUUCCACCCGUAAAUCUUUCAUGUGCCCACUUGCAAAUUGUUAUUCACAGUUUGCCAAAACAAAGUAUAGUAAACGAACUAGAAUCUUGUUACACAUCGAGUGAAGAUGAAUAGUGAGAAGAAGAAUGCAGUAAAAAAGGAGCAGAAAUCCCCAGCACCAUUGCCUAUGUACCGACCUGUAGUUCUCAGACAUGUCCCUACUAUGGUCAGAAGAAGAUAUGACCAUCAUUUACAGAGCAUUACUCUUUCUACUCAAGACAAUAGCAAAAAUGAAAGUGAAGAAGCUGAAGCUGCCGAGGACCCUUCUGCUGCUAAUAGUGAAAUGGACGAUACAGAGACAGAACAUGAUAUACUUGCAAGCCUUGGCACGGAACAUGAUACAGAAGAGUUCGGUAGUAGUGAUUUUGGAUCAAAUACGAGUUUGCAGCUAAUAAGUGAAGUUGAUCAUGAAACUAGAAAGGACACAGAUGUUUGUAGUUAUCAAGUGCUUAAUGAAGCCAACGAUGAAGUCGAGAACAAGGAACUUGGAAACUUAUAUAAUCAAGAAAACAUAGUAAUACUUGCACCAAGAAAGACAAUGACAGAUUACCGCUCCCCACUUCCAUUGCCUAGACAUCCUGUAGUUCUCAAACAUGUGCCGACUAUUGUUAGAAGAACAUACGAUUCAGAUUUACAGAAGUUUGAUGCAAUUGAUGGCAUGCAUUCAGAAGAUGGCAAAAGCGAUGGAGAUGGAGCUGAAGAUGAUAAUCUUGUACAUUUUGUCGAUGAUUAUCUUGAAGACAAAAUCCAGGAUAGUGGAUUCGCAAAAUUUGACGAUGAUCAAGAUGGUUGCAGAAGUAAAUUUGGUGAAGCUAAAGAUGACGUUGGUAGUUAUGUCGAUGCUAAUGCCCAAAGCGAAGUGAUGGCAGAUGAACAAGAUUUGGAGUUACAAUAUACUUCAAGUGAAAAUGAUCAUGAAACCGAGGAUGCGGAUGCUUUUACUUAUCAUGAGGAUGGUUCCAAUGAUGACGUCGAGAGCGAGGAUAUUGUAAUUUCGGACAAUCAAGAAAGAACAGUAAUACCAGCACCAAAUGAAGCAAUGAAUGAGUGCCCCUCCCCACUUCCAUUGCUAAGACACCCAAUAGCUCUCAAACAUGUACCAACCAUUGUUGUAAGGAGAUACGACCCAGAUUUAAAAUAUGUACUUCCAAUUAAUGACUACAAAACCAAAGGCGAUGAAGCUCAUGAAGAUGGCAAACAUGCGGCUGCUGCAAUUGAUCUAGAGGACAGUAUUAAUGAUGUUACACUGAUGGAACAUGAUACACUCACAAACUUGGACAGAAAAUUUGAUUUCGGUAUGUAUCCAGAAGAUAGCAGCAAUGCUGAGGAUGAUGGAAUCGAAGGAGUGAAUCUAGCUAGCUCUGUGGAUACUAGUAUUGAGAAUAGACAGGACAGCGGACAUGUAACAUAUGAGAAUAGUCAGGGAUUAGUAUUUGAAGACUUGGAACACAGUGAAAGCAAAAAUGAUGAAGCAAAUGAAGAUUCCAAAACUGCUACUGCUGUUAAUGAUGUGGAUGUAAAUGUUGAAAAUGGUGUCAAGGAUAGACAGAGUAACGAUUUAGACGGUUUUGAUUUUAAAGAUGGCAAAAGCCAACAAAACGGAGCUGAGGAGAAUAUUUCUGGUAAUCAGUAUGCUCGUGUCAAUUUGAAAGUCGUAGACAAGAGACUUGGAAAUCACUGCAAUGAACACGAAGAAUUUAGCCCAGAAGCAUACAAAGAAACUCUGGAACGAGAUGGUUAUGAAUUAUGUUGUCCAAACUGCAAGUGUUCUAUAACAGAAACCAUGAUUUUCCGUAGAAGGCAAUCCAGUGAAUGCCCGAAAACAACUUGUUUCUCCUGUUUAAUUCCUCUAUUUAAUUGGAUCCGAUGGUAGGCGAUUGGACAUAUGAUCGGUCUCGUCUCUUUUUUGGUGUAUGAAUUAUAAGCAACCAAGGCGAGAGCAACUUGGUAUUGGAGAUGGAAAGCUGUUGUUGUUGUGGUUGUUUGUUUUGAAAACUGUGUUGCAGCAUAAAUUAAGGCAAUGGUGGAUGUGGAUGAUCAAUAGAGAAGAUCAGAAGACCAACGUCCAACAAUAAGGUCCUGCAAAUUGGUUAGCAUGCAUAUUGCAAACUAAAGUUCCCUUGUAUCCUACUGCUACCCUACCUCUAACUUGGGUGUAAUACAACAGUAUUUAGAUCUAGUUGAGUAACUACUUAGGUAUAAACAAGAAGUAAUUAAAUCAAGUAAAAUGAAGCGGAGAAAAAGAUUAUAUCAGAAGAAAGGUUGAGAAAGACUAGUCUAUUAUUUUCAGUUCAAUUCAAUUUAAAUCAUUAUUUUAACAAAAUCAUUUGCAUUUUGGAAUGCUUUUUUUCUCUUAUAGAUUUAUAGUGCAUCUCAUUAUCUCAUUCGUGUCAAAGUUACACGUGUAUCAUGUCUUAUUUUGACUUAAUUUGAACUCUCGUGACUCCAA